GCAGCAGCAGCAGCAGAGGCAUCGUUUCUCCGCUGGAGGCACAUGCUUACGCUUGUGACCGCAUGAUCAAGGUCGGCGGCGACUUCUCUUCCCUGCAAAACAUCCCGGGCGGGCACCACAACCCCCCGUGCUACCAGCACCAACACCUCCACAGCUCCUCGGGGUCGGGAACGCGAACGGCGCUGGACACGCCGAGGACGAGGUCCCAGUCUUCGGACACAAGGCUGUACUGGCGGGUCGCGGGAGAGAUGGAGGGGGGGGGCUCCAGUGAAGGUGGGGACUCCGGUGACCCCGGCGGGCGGCGAGACAUUAGCUGCAACCUGGCUUUGUCCGAUUUUUCACAGCUCUCCUUCUUGGCCAAGGGUGCGAUGUGCAAGUGCUUCUUGGCGAACAGCCACCCCCGGAUCCCCGGGCCCGUUGUGUUGAAGAUGGCCAUCGAGAAUGGACCCCGGGAGGCCGAGAGAGGUCUCAACAGCGAGCUGUCCUUGCUGCAGAACUUGACGCAUCCCAACCUGACGAUGGUGCUGGGAGCCGGGCAGACUCCGAAAGGAAGAACCUUCGUCGUCAUGGAAUACCUCGACCGCGGGACGCUAAGGGCAAGGAUGGACGCGGCCAGGGGCGGGCUGGGGUUCUGGCCUGGCGUCCGACACGCCGUGGAGCUGGCCUCGGUGAUGGCGUACCUUCACGACGACGCUAUGCCGGGAAUGUGCAUCUUGCACCGAGACCUCAAGCCGGACAACCUGGGCUUCCGGGGCAAUGUCAUGAAGCUGGUGGACCUGGGCUUGGCCAAGGUUAUCAAGCAUUCCGAAGCCGGGGUCGAUGAGUUUUACAGGAUGAGCGGCGAAGUUGGGUCCCUGCGGUACAUGGCACCAGAAGUUGCUUCUCAGUAUCCGUACAACGAAAAGGCCGAUGUCCACAGCUUCGGGGUGGUGAUGUGGGAGCUGGUGACGGGGUGGCUCCCCUACGCGGGCCUGUCGCCCGAGAUGUUCAUGUUCCAAGCUGUGCAGCACGGACAGCGACCCCUGAUGCAGUUCGGGUGGGACCCGGACUUCAAGCGCCUCCUGGCUUCCUGCUGGGCCGAGGACCCACGGGACCGCCCUGGAUUCGCGUACAUACAUGAAACCCUGGAAGCCCUGCUGGUGGAGAAGGGCGGCGCGGCGGCAACGGCGGCGGCGGACACCGUCGGCGGCGCCACCAUGUCGUCGUGCUGCGGCCCCUCCUCCGCUUCCUCGUCUUCGCGGUCUUCUGGGAGCGGCGGCGGGUUGUUGUCCCGCAUGUUUUCUGGGCGGAAAAAGGGCAAAGCGGUCCCCCCCUCUGGAGGCGGCGGCGGCGGCGGCGGCGGGCGAGGGUAGGGACGAGGGCGAGCGAUUUAAGACAUUAAGAAGAGGCGGGAGGUGUUUGUCGGGGGAAUAGAUGGCAACCUGUCUUAAACAAGACUAGUUUACUUUGUGAGUGUGGGUGGAGGGGGGUCCUGGUGACCAGGAGGUGGUCGUUUGCCGCAGCAGUGCUAAGUGUCGCGAAGAGCGUGUUUCGAAGGUCGGGCCUUUCUCUGUCACGCUCGCCACUGAAUUGGCUGCGGGCAGGGGGGUUGUCCUUGUCCCGCGAAUCCACAAAUUUCGCGGAUUAUUCCGACAUGAUGAGUGGAUGAGAGUUUCGCCAUCGUCCUCGAUGAAACAUAGAAAGAUAAUGAGGUUCGUGAAUGAGGUUCGUGGGGAGGCGGGGGGCGGGGGGGGGCUCAUGUAAACACAUGCCGUAGUCGGUAGACCAUUGACCUCGCAUCCGUGCAAUGCCGGGACGAUGCCGGGUUUUCGGUGGCCCAGCCUACGUUUCACAAGGAUGAGACCAGAUGCUGGUCAGCAUCCUUGCGUUUGCUGUGCCAAACCAGAUGUGCCAUGGGUUGGGUUGGGGGGAUAGAGGCGGGCUGUCUGGAGGAUGGUAUGCUUUCUUGUUGCCGAGUAAACACUGAAAUUGAGGCACGUUUUUAUCUUGGGGGAGGUAUGUACAGGAUGUCUGGGAGGUGCAGAGGCGAGUGGGGGAGGAAGGGGGACGGGAGGGUUCAUGUACUCAAGAGGCAAGCGUGCGGACGUAUGUACCAGAAUCUUGGUGUGCUUCAAAGUGGCGAAACGAUAACACACCGCCUUCUUUUUUUUAAUGUCUCCCGCGCGGCGAUAGCAACGCGCAAACAUGUGAAGGCAGUGCCGCCUAGUUUUCGGACACCGGUGUGUUUUCUCCUUUCUUGUGCCCUCGUUGUCCCACCCUCCCAUCCCAUUUUGUGGUAUGCUGCCCCCUUUUUGGUGUUAAUUGCGUGAUUUAUCCUUGUAACUGCUGUGUGGCUAUUGAGUAAGAAAAUCUGUGAUAGACAAAACGUUUGUUUCUUCGAGCAUGUAGGAACUUUGUCCCUGUUGGUCUGGAGUUCUGAGCCGUUUUGUCUAUUCCCAUGGAACACGGGCGGCAUUUGCUUCUGUUUGUUUUGUUGUUUGUUUCGUGGCGUACACGUCGUUGCUCUCCCACGCCGGCGUGUUCCUUCGGGUCUGUGCUAGCUAUAAUGUUAUCCAUGUAGUGUUUUGUCUUUGGACCUCAUCGUCAUCGUCUAAUCUCGUGGCUUGGUUUUGCGCGUGCUGUGGUACCCACAUGUGAUCAUGUGUGUAUGGUAUACGUGAUGGCAGCAGCUUCACAACUGCAGCAUUAUUGCUGUUCCUUGAUAAUUGGCAAGGUUGCUGGUGAUGUUGGUAAGUGACGGCGGCAAUUUUUUUGCAACGUAUGCUUGGGGCAUUCCGACAGAGCAUCGAUUUGUCUGCCACUGUUUCGGUUCACCCUGUGAUGACGUCAUACAUACUGCCUCUGCCUGCGUCGCGCGUGCGUAUGCAGAUGAUGUUGUCGGUAGUUGUAGUGCCAUGGUGAAGAAGCCCAGCGUGACCAGCAGGGAUCGAUGCAUGACGCCUGCCGUUGUUUUCCGCGCUCUUUUCCGAAGGGUCGUGUUGAUAUCCGUCCGCGAGGUAGACCAGGGGCAACGAUGUGGUGGGUAGGGUUGGGUGUGAAACAAAGGGUGUGGGAGACAUCGACACGGCAGUACUGUAGGUAAAAUGCUGUACCUCCCGUACCGGAUUAUCGUUGGCAAUCACACAGCCCUUUUGGCUCUUUGGCCGCGUGCCAGCGGUGCUCUUUUCGCUUCUUUGUCCAGGUGGUGACGGAUUCGUCGUUCACUCUGCCGCUUGCCCAACAAGGUAGGAGAGAGCAGUGGGUAGGUCGAGCAAGACCUGGUUGGUUGAUUGGUUCGAGUGGUGAUGUUGAGGUUGUAGUCCGCGCCGGUUGGGUUUGCGGAGACCUUGUGUAUUGUGCGUAAAAAGGACACGGCGUGUUGGUUUCAGGACCGACCGUUUGGGGCGCGGGGGGCUCAGCUCCGCAGAGCCAUGAAUGGCUUGGCGGUGCGAAGAUAGAUGUGGCAGUACGCUGAUCGUACGACGAAGAGGUUUAUCAUCCGUUUGUGCUUCAACAACGUAAGACUGUGUGGUGACUCUGAUGGGCAUAGAAGGUAGGAAGGCCGCACGAUUGUACUGGAGUGAGCGGUGUGUGGUGAUUGUAGUAGAAGGCGGUCGGGUAUCUACGAACUCGAUGCCAUACGUUUUAGUCUAGCCAAUUAAUGGGUUAACAGAGGGAGCAACCGUUACAGCUGCAGGCGCCGCCCCCUGCGACGAGCAGCAUCUACGUGUCAUUUUCAGCUUCGGUGUCUUGAAAGUGCAUGCCGCUGUACGUUACUUGAGGUGCACAUUUUUUCAUCGCGGGAUUAUUAAAGGGGGUGAGAACGAAAGUAACUAAAAAAACGCAUUGAUUGGUAGAAAGAGAGCACAGGAAAGGGCGAGAGUAUUGAAUAGUCACUGCUGCAAACGCGUGCAGUCGACUUGCAGGUACCCCUGCGUGAUUGCUACCACUGAAUUACGAUUAGAUUAUGGAGAAGAGAUGAUAAAAAGAGCGGUUAUGUGCGAUGCUGGACGGACGGGUAUAACGAAGGGGCCGGAGGGCGGG